AUGGCUGACUUCUUGUCUUUCCUUCAGCUCAUUUCCAACCGCACAUCGAAGCGAUACUCCACAUAUUCGGCCUCACCGAGUUUCGCGACAACAUCCACCACCUGCUCUGACACCGUUACUCUGCCCUCGGCGGCAGCAGAAACCAUGACGGUGAGCGCGGAGACCGGCAUGGCCGAGAUCAGGCAAUUGACUCAAGGUCUUGAUCGACUGGAAAACAAACAUUUACAACAACAACGGUUCGUGCCUAGCCAGAAGAAGGCCGACGACCUGAGCAAAUUGAGCCUGGGUGCGAAAGUGGAGAGGGCCCUGGGACGACGAAUGACAGACCAAGAUGCUGUAUUCCGUGUCAAGCGGCCUUUGGCAAAAACGAGCAACUCUUUUCCCUUCCUGGAUGAAAAGGCCGUGCUGAAAGCUUGA